AUGGCCGAAUCAUUGGCUGAGCCUGUUUUGAAGAAUCUGACAAAUAAGCCCUUUCCGGAUGUGCGCCCACAUACUUGGCAGCUGCUUAGCGUCCUUUGCAGGUCCCGAAAGGCAGCACAGCAAGCCCUGCAGUCCCCAGAGCUCCGGAACCUCUUGCUCAAUUUCCAGUCGGAGGCCAGCACUGAUGCCCGGCAUGCCAAGCACAACUUGGUCAAGACCUUGGUGGACUGCCAUGCGCAGUGGAUUGGCGGGCUCUUGGACUCUGAGGUGAUGGACCUGAUGUUGCAGUUUGCGGAGCAAGGGCCCUACUGGGUUCCACGCAGUGCUGGGACAACAAUGAAGGAUGAAGCUGCCUGA